AUGAGUAAGCCAGAGGUGGUGCUUCAAUCACUCAAAAAUACACGGAUGUGUAAGUUUGCAGAGACCGGGCGUUGUCGCCGAGGGCAAGCAUGCAACUUCGCCCACUCCGAAGCAGACCUUCGUCCCCAGCCGGAUUUGUACAGCACGCGGCUAUGUGCGCAGUUCAGCGCCGGUGGCUGCCGAUAUGGCCGACGCUGUAGGUUUGCUCACGGAGAGGCUGAGCUGCGGCCUGUCAUCAACGAGGUCCCAGAAGGCCAAAACCAAAAGGGCCGCAGCAGAGGCCGUCAGAGCCAGGGCUACCAAGCCAAUGCUGCUCCGGUUCUUGACGACUUGAGAGAAAUGAGACCAGGAGCAGUGAGGCAAGGGCCCAACCUGGGCCCUUGUCAAGGCCACCUCCAAGGACCAGCCGGCUGGCCCGAAGUGGUUCAGGAAGUGCCCCAGCUCGCGCCUCCAGCGAUGCUCGCAUCGAGAUCACAGACAGACAUUCCCAUGUUUGUGGGUGAGGACUGGACGCGAAGAAGGCCGCCGCGGGCCCCCAGACUGGCCACGGACACAACUUACAACGCUCAGCCUUCGAUUUCUGAGCUGCACCCGGCCGUGUACCCUUUCGCACGGGCCACGACAGAGGGAGUCCGAGUCCCUGCGGAUCGCGGCGAUUCUCGUCUUCCCGAACUCGCCGCACGUCUCGCAGCUCAUGGACUUCCGGGCAGCCCCGGAAAGGGACAGCACGCGGACCGCCUCUUCCUGGACGACCCGGUUUCUGGUGGAGCUCUUCAGUACCGCACCGAGACUGAGGAGCCGACGUCCUGUGGAACGCUGGCAAGCCGAACGACGACCAUGCAAACGGAAUCGGAGGCGCCUGCGCCGCCUACUUCGUUCUGGUUAUGA